AUGCAACUGGAGUUCUUCAUGUUACCUCCGGGUGGGCUACGGAUGGACUCCUUCCUAGUGGCCUUGCAGCAUCUUCACAUGGAGCCCUUGAUAUUUCUUCAUAGCUCUGCUCAGAUCGGCGCGUCGUCUUCCGUCCCCAGCUCCGUCGCACCGGGCGUUUCGUCGUCCCCGCAGCGCUUCGCCCGUGCCGACUCGCCAACGUCCUUGCCGGGCCCUGUCCACUUGGAGCCGGUGACGUUGGCCGUGGAUUUCGUUCACUUGAAUUUCUCCGCAUCUUCGCGCUCGUUUGGACAGCUGGGCUUUCCACCAGCCACCUUUGAUGCUGUUUACCUUGGUUCAAGUCCACUUCUGCAAGGUUCGGCGUGCUCAGAUUCAUCGACUCCAGUGUAUCCCUGCGCCAGUUUCGCAGCCCUCAGCGUUGCCUAUAGCGUUUCCUUGGGCUCUUUGUUGCCAGCGCAUAGCCUUGCACGGCUGGGUCCCAGCAUGUUGGUCUUGGAUGCAGUGGCAACAGGUUCGACCCCGUCCCUGCGAAGCGUUUCGUGCGCGGAGUUCUCCCCCCCGGUGCUGGGCACGGCGCGCGCAGAGCUGUUCUCGUUGGUGUUGGGCAACUGCCAUGCAGGUUUCUCCUCUCCGCCAAAGAGUUUUUUGUAG